AAUAAAACAUCACUCCUAAGUCCUAACUCGGUUCCCCUUGUCUCUCUGGCUGUCUCUCUCCACACUCAAACUGCAGAUCUCACCGACUUUGCCCAGAAAUUCAUACACAGAAAGAGAAAUAGAUGGGAAUUAAUGGAUUGUUUGCAGAUUCAAAAGGGGGUCAAACGUUAAUGGUGGGUUUAAUUUUGGUUGCUGCCUGUUUUUAUGCAGGCACCCUUUUUGCCAAUAAUACCCCUCUUUUGGGCAUCCCUACUUCCUCCUCUGCGUCCUCCUCUACGUCCUCCCUUGGUUCCUUAAGCUUUACAAACAGAGUUUCUCAAACUAAUCGAAGGACACCAUUGGCGAUCCCUCAAUCAGGGAUGAACGUAUGCCCAAUCAACUUGAAUGAACAUAUACCUUGUCAUGAUCCUUCUUAUGUGAAAGAUUUGCUACCAAGUCUAGAUCUUUCGAGGAAAGAAGAACUGGAGAGGCACUGCCCUCCUCUCGAGAAGCGUUUAUUCUGUUUGGUACCUCCCCCCAAGGAUUAUAAAAUACCCAUAAAAUGGCCAAUCAGCAGGGACUAUGUUUGGCGUAGUAAUGUGAAUCAUACUCACCUUGCAGAAGUGAAAGGGGGACAAAAUUGGGUUCAUGAGAAAGACAGGUUGUGGUGGUUUCCUGGUGGUGGUACUCAUUUCAAGCAUGGAGCCCUUGAAUAUAUUCAAAGGUUAGGAAAUAUGACCACUAAUGAGACAGGUGAUCUCCGUAAUGCAGGGGUGUUUCAGGUUCUAGAUGUUGGCUGUGGUGUUGCCAGCUUCGGAGCAUAUCUGCUUCCAUUUGAUAUACAAACAAUGUCUUUUGCACCCAAAGAUGGGCAUGAAAAUCAGAUUCAAUUUGCUUUAGAACGAGGAAUCGGCGCAAUGAUAGCUGCCAUAUCCACAAAACAACUUCCUUAUCCUACAAGUUCAUUCGAUAUGGUACAUUGUUCAAGAUGCCGUGUUGAUUGGCAUGAAAAUGAUGGCAUCCUGUUGAGAGAAGUGGACCGCCUCUUAAGACCGGAUGGUUACUUUGUAUACUCUGCCCCGCCAGCAUACAGAAAGGAUAAAGACUAUCCUGUUAUAUGGGAUAAGUUGAUGAAUAUAACAACAGCCAUGUGCUGGAAACUCAUAGCCAAAAAGGUCCAAACAGCAAUCUGGAUUAAACCAGGGGAUCAAACAUGUGUCCAGGAGAAUGUGGAGCAGAACCUGAUACAAAUAUGUGACGUGGCCGAUGAUUCAAAGCCAUCAUGGAAUAAACCACUGCAUAAUUGUGUAACAAAAAGUGGUGAAAUAUCAAAUCCUAAUAAACUUCCUCCACGGCCAGAGCGUCUUUCAGUGUAUUCUGAGAGUCUGAGCAGAUUAGGUAUAAGUCGAGAGCAAUUUGCUACAGACACACUAUUUUGGCAGCGUCAAGUUGAGCAGUAUUGGAUGUUGAUGAAUGUUAACAAGACAGAGAUUCGAAAUGUCAUGGACAUGAAUGCUCUUUGGGGUGGUUUUGCUGCAGCAUUAAAUUCAUAUCCUGUUUGGGUCAUGAAUGUGGUUCCUUCAACCAUGGAUGACACAUUGACUGCUAUUUAUGGCAGAGGUUUGCUAGGUGCUUUCCAUGAUUGGUGUGAGCCUUUUUCAACUUAUCCUCGAUCGUAUGAUCUUUUGCACGCGAGUUAUCUUUUCUCUCAUAACAAAGGACACAAUAACAAUUGUCUCCUGGAGGAUGUCAUGCUCGAGAUGGAUCGUAUGCUGAGACCCGAGGGUUUUAUAAUUAUCAGGGAUGAAGAACGGAUCAUGUCGAGAAUUAAGGAUCUUGCACCAAAAUUCCUUUGGGAUGUGAACUCAUACCAGCUACGAAACAAACAUAAUGAAAACGAAUCUGUGCUAAUUUGUAGGAAAAAGUUCUGGGCAAUUGUCUGAAAGAUGUGUGUGCCAAACGAAAACGAAUAGCUCAUUGAUUCAUAUACACAUGAAUCCCCAAACUCCCCUGGAUAUUUCCGGUCCUUUAGAAAUAUUCGGAAGUUAUCAUUCAUGCGAACAGGUGAGAGAUUGGGGCAAGGCAAUGGCGGGUGGAGGACAAAAAAGAUGGGGGCAGUGAAGAGCAUUUUGUAAUUGUGUUAGCUUUCUUUCUAUUCUUGUGUUGUUCUCAUGGUACAUUUGUGUAUCUAGUUUUAAUUUCUUUUUUUUGUUUUUUUUGAGCCAGUAGUUCUGAGUUCGAUGUAUAACAUUUAAUUAAUUGUUACUGCCUCUUGUACGGCUAUAUAAUUGAGAAGAUCAAUACUUGUUGACGAAAUA